GUGCAUUCUCCCUUCCUCCCCAGUCCCCUCUCGGAAGUAGACGUAUCUGUCUAUCCCCUUCUUUUAUUUUUAUAUAUUUUUUACAUAACCCCCUUUCCCCAACACAGCACCAUGGACGACUGAACCGAAGAACGGGUCACCGAUUUCACCCCUUAAUUUAUCCUGGAGUUAAGAGGACCGGAUGAAAUCCAGCUGUGGUUUUCUCCGCUUCGCAGGGGAGGUAGCUGUAUCCAGUGGGGAGGUAGGCUUAACCAGGGAAGGAAAGAAUGAAGUUCUUCGAACCCUGGGGACGCCAGAGGCUGUCUUUUCUUUUAGAAAAGGCUGCCUCUAGGGAAGCCAAGAUGUGGAGGGUCUAUGUGCCAAAGAAGCCCUCCUCACAGGAUACAGACAUCACCCCGGCACAGCGGGACGAGGCCGUGCGCUGGCUGACGGAGCUCCACAGCAGACUGCAGCUGUACCCAGAGACCCUGGUUUUAGCUGUUAGUAUCCUGGACCGCUUCCUCGCUCCCAUCAAGGCUCGUCCAAAGUACCUGCGCUGCAUCGCCAUCACCUGCUUUUUUCUGGCUGCUAAGACCUGUGAGGAGGACGAGUGUGUGCCUUCUCUGAAGGACUUGGCUUCCUCUAGCAGCUGUGGCUGUUCUCCGUCAGAGAUCCUGAGGAUGGAGAGGAUCAUUCUGGACAAACUCAACUGGGAUCUGCACACGGCCACAGCACUGGAUUUCCUGCACAUCUUCCAUGCGAUGGUGUUGUCAUGUCGUUCUGGGUUUUUGGACUUCAUGUUGGGACUGAACCGCUCUGAGCACCUCACCAUGCUCACACGGCGCCUAUACCACUGUCUGGCUGACCACAUACUCAUACAGCUCAGAGGAUCCAUGCUGGCCUUGGCCCUCAUCACCUUGGAGCUGGAGACCUGUUGUCCUGACUGGCUGGCUCUCACCAUCAACCUGCUGAGGAAGGCACAGAUCGACAGUUCCGAGUUGAUCCGGAGUCGAGAGCUUGUGGCUCGUAGUCUGUCCACACUGAGAGCUUCCCUGCCUCCAAACACUGUCUACAUCUACCAACCCUUGCAGAACCAAAACACCCUGCAGCCUCCUGCACAGGACCCCACUCUCCCCUGCCGCACACUGGGGACCAUCACCUCCACCAACGAGUCUUCUAAGGAGCACGCCCUCGCCCCUGUCCAGCAAGAUCUGACACCUGCUGCUGGGGUAGGGGGGAGCCAUCAGCCCUGGAGCUCCGUCUUCUCCUCCUCCAGCAGCAUCCCAGCUCUACUCUCCCCACCCAAACACCUCCGCCAUCUGAACCAACUGCAAAAGGUCACGCUGCGCUACAAGGCCUCUGCCAAGCGCAAGGUGGAGGAGAUGGAGGUGGACGACUUCUAUGAUUGCAUCAAACGCCUCUACAAUGAAGACAUCACCACCACCGCCGUCCAGGAGGGGGCAACACCUGCAAUGGGGGCAGUAACAACAGGUGGAGGAGGAGGAGGAGGAGGUCUGGGUGUUUGCAGUGUCCUGUUGUCCCUACAGGAAGGCAGCUCUUCCCCCUGCCCGCCUCUGCAGCCAGUCAGUGCCUCCUAGAGACCAAACAGGAACCUGUAAACCAAAACCACCUUCACACCUUUCAAAUUAAACCUCACAGUUUAAGGAUUCAAACUAUAUUAAUUUUUUAAUCAAACAGUGACAUUUAGGCAGUUCUUUUGGCAACCGUGAUGGAUCACUCCCUCAGCAAUAGGGAACAAAGUCAGGAGAAAAGGACUUUAUUCAGUGUUUCCAUUUAAAGGCAGCUCCUCAGGAAAUGUUGCCCAUCAGAGCUGCAGAAAUGUCUUUUACUUCACUGCUCUUGAUUAAACGUACAGUAAAAGAAGAAAAUAUUGACGUAUAAUAAAAAUGAAAUAGUGAUACAAGUAAUUUCAGUGGUUAAGGUGGUUUUGGUUUCAGUCAAACUGAACUUCAGCUGUCCUGAGGUCAGUUCCCAUCAUCCCCUGCAGCGAGAAAACAGAGCCCAAAAAAAAUUUAACAUUCAAAAACUAAACCUGCUGCUACUAUCUUAUUAAUUCUAUUUGUUGAACACAAAUACAAUAUUACAAAAGUUAAAAAAAAAUUAUAGAUAGAAAAGUGACCUUCAAAAAAAUUUUGAUUUCUCUACCCCUGUGUGUGUGUGUGUGUGUGUGUGUGUCUCUCUCUCUCUCUGUCCUGUCCUGAAAGAUUUUUGAAAACGUCAUCAUUUGUCAACUUAUAUUUGUUCUUGUUUCUUUCGUGAUACAUAUUUAUGUCUUUAUUCUGUCUUCUCUCUUUCUUCGCUCUGCAUGUUUUCAUCUCUAUUUAUCUUCACAGAGUCUAAAUUUCAAGUUUCUGUAUAGACAUUGUCUGUAUUGCUUGCCCAGAUAGAAUGAGUUAUUUUUUUUGUGAAGUGCAAUUUGAUUGUUUAUAAGAUGCUAAUAUAAAUAUCCCUCUCAUAAAUCCCUCCCUCUUUCCCUUUCCUCUCAGCUUGUUGGCUUGACUGAAUGAAAGUUUCUCAGGUUGUUUUAUCCCACAAACUAAAACGGGUCUCUUUGAAGCUGCCACUGAAAUCUGGUUUCCUCCUGCACGUGUCUUGGCUGGCAAAUGACAUUCAUCAUUUUACUGGUUGUCUCAAGUCACCUUGAGAGAAUAGACAAAUUAUUAGUCACUGCAGCAGCUCUCAGUGGGUUGGAGGUAACCACAGGCUGUCAAACACUGUAGGAUCUACAGUACUUGCUGUACAAUCAGGGCCCUGUUCUUUAAACCUCGCUCACGUGUCCCAGGCCAACAAUAUGUUAUCCAGCUAACUUGGUUCAUUGAACGCAGAGACACCAAGGGAUCCUGAUUUUUUUCCCAAUAACGUACAUCCUCUCAUCUAUAACCUUAAAGAAUCUUGAGAACUUGGUGUUAAGACAACAGCUCCAGUUAAAUUCUAUAAAACUGCAUCUUGCUUGACAAUAAACCUAACUUUGUUGUCCUUGUACAAAGAAAAGGCCCUGGUGAAAGUCUGACUGCAUGUGGUUUCUGUGUUGAAGUAGACAGAGGGAAUUAAAGUUAUAGUUAAUAUAUCCAUAUGUAAUAAAACAACAUUGAGUUAUUAAAAGCAUUUUAAUAUUAAGCUAAAAAAAAAAACUGCUUUUUUUUUAGUUGAGCGGAGCUUCACAAGGACACAAGUGACAAUCUUCACUCUGAUGUUCCAAAAAAAAUAUGUGACAGAUUCUGUUUUUAUGUCUUGACGUUCAGUUUAAUAUAUUUUUAUUCCUGCAAAAAGCUCUGUUGUUCCUGCUGUGGGAGCUGCUGGUGACUGCUCCAGGUCCCUGAACCGGCACCAAUAAAUAAAGAGAUAAGAAGAAUAAAAACUG